GCGUGACAACGAUUCCGAUAGUGGUACGGACGGCAAAAUUUCGGUGCGUUCUUGAAGAUCCUUUAUGCUGAGCUCUGAACGAAAGUGUUAGACUUUAAGGGAAAAAUUGGCAUCAGUUUGUGUGUUGGAUUAACCCGUUGCCACUAGUUGAAGUGACCGAGUUUUUUUUUCCAUUCGGAGUACUCCGAGUUUUGGGUGGUGCACAAGUGAGAAAAUUUACAGACAUCGAAGAGAUCAAGUGACAACCGAAACAGGUGAUUUCUGAUGCAAUUGGGUGCUAGAACCGGCUCUCGGUUGAAGGUUCUCCAACCGUGAUCGAUUGAAUUGCGGAGACGGUCUUCGUGUAAUUUUUGCGCAAGUGAUUGAUGUGAAAAUUAUCUCACCCGGUGUUCUGGUUAAGCGGGUUACAACUCAUCAGCAUAAACACGACGGGGUGGAAAAUUGUUUAGGGUUACGUUCCGUAAUCUUCGAUAUCUAUCGAUGGAUAAACCACUUUAAUUCAGCUAAAGACAGCAGGGAGUUAGAAAUUCGAGUGCGAUUUGUUAUGUAAAUCAGAUGAUCCUCGCGUUCGGCUGCGCUAAUAGUCGGUCGGUCGGUCGGUCGGAUUGCCAUUCGGACAUUUGCCUGCACUCUACUCUCCAUCGCGGGGCAGCCAGACUCAGUGCUUUGCGAGAUCACACUUUUACUUUGGCACUGCGCUACUGAGAGCUCUCAGACGAGAUUGAAGAAAAAAAACGGCCGAUUGGAUAUAUUUUGAGAAAUUAGUGUCGAACGGCAGCGUGUUGCUGGUGUUCUGUACAUUUCUUUUGCUGCGACAGUUGCACAGCGUUUGAGUGUUGGUUCAAAACUUACGGUUAUUUUAAUUCUUCCGUUUUUAUCCACUUAUUUCGCACUGACACGAGUGACAGCCACCUUGUAGUUCAUCAACGCAAAGUGAAGGGAGCUGCCCGUUGCAGUGGGUAAGAACGCCAGGAAGAAAAGUCGCGAAUUUUGGUGACACCGCGAAAACCACGGUCAAAGCGAACGAAGUCCGGUGCGUCGUGUUGUGGUCACGUGAGUAACAGUGUCGCAGAAUUGGGAUGAAAAUGUAGCAAUUAGUGCACCCCGGUCCGAAAGUCUGUCAGCAGGAUGAAAAGCUCUCCAAUUGUGGGGGCGCACCAGUUCACAUACGCGUGCGUUUGCGGUUUUGUGUUUAUCGCAGUCGAUUAAAAAUGCAAAAUACGAAAAGUACACACUUACACAUGCAGCAGGAAAACCUUAUCGGAUGAACGCAAAGUGUGCAAAAUUGUGAAUUGUGUAAACUCUAUCUUCGCAACUGUCGUGCCGGUUUUGUUUGUUUUUUUGUGAUUUGCCUAGAAAAUACACACACUAGAGUGAAAAGUGUGAAACCAGGUUUAGCUGUUUAGCGGGCGCCCAGAGUGUUACAUUGUUGUGGCGAAGUUAGCUAGCUAGCGGGCGCUCUUAUCAGUGUGUGCCGGAUCAACAUUCUAGCCGAACACAGCGAUACCAGUCGCUUCGACGCAUCCACCUACCGGAAGAGUAACGUUCAACUCCGUCCCGUCGGAAGCCGCACGGAAACGAAAGGUUGAAAAGUUCAGUGAGGUGAACUGAUCGCGAUACGGGGUGGAUUCACGUGCGAACUAAUACUGAACAUCGUACCAUACGAAAGCCAUCUGUUAUAUCGCGUUGUACGAGAAAAACCAAACAAGUGGCUAAUGAGAAAAUGAGAAUAACCUGAUGAGAGAUGAAAAAUAGCUGUGAUUCCUGUGAAACCCACAAAUAGUAACGAAAAAUAUUUUCGCAAAAAGUUGCCAUUUCGCCAGUGCCGCAAAACACGGCAUGAGUGCUAGAAGGAAGUUACUAUCGCCAACUCGGAAGUGGCAGAUUGAUAUCCGGUAGGAAGACGAGUCGGUUUUUUUACACGGUGAGAAGAGUUUGCGUCUGUGCGUACGUGCGAUUCGCGUGUGCGGGUGGUUUCAGUUUGGGCCUACGUCGAUAACAGCCUGUCACGACGUCGUCAUCGGAGCAAUGGGCGGUCAACGACUUGGGACGUUCCUGUCCUGCUACCGAAAGCGCGAAAACCAAGUACAUCUGAAUCACGCCGGUCACCGUUUUAGGUUAAUGAUAACCUGAAGAAGUCGAGUGAUGUUUGUUUAUUUUUGUUUUUAAUUUUUCUUUUUUUUAUUCUUGUGAGUUUUUUACUGUGAGGUGUUGGGAGGUAUUUUCAACUAGUUCUAGCAUCCGUUCAUGCUCGGUGGAAGACUUCGACGGAGGGCCCUGGCCCUGCUGGGAGCCCUCCUAUUGGUUAUUUUCAUAUGGCCACCAUGUUGUGCGACUAUGCCGAAGCCCUUACCCGCGCUGUUACCGGCCGUUCCAGAGAUUGAUCUGCCUACGGUACCGGUACCGACCGUUGCCAUUGUGGCACCAGUACAACAACAGCAAACAGCCGGAAAGAGUCGAAAAUCGACUGAGCAAAGUCGGUUCAUGAGCAUAUUUUCGACGACGACAGCGGCAAGCAGGGAAAGUGAUGGAAAAAACUUACCCGGAGAAAGCGGUGGUCGGAGUAGAGCUGCGAUGCACAACAGUGUUGUUAGUAGUGCAAAUGCGAGCGACAGCCAAAGCCGAGCGCUAAAUUUACAACGGCCUGAAAGUGACUACGCGCGGUCGUCAAUAGCAGAGCCAAUCGAUAAAAAUAAAUCACAUGAACAACAAAGUGCGACGGCAACCGGUGGCGAAGACGCCACCCAACCAGUAAAAUUAGAUAACGUCGUCGGUACUGUGCAGAGUAGUACAUUUGACAGCGAAAAGCCUUAUCAUCCUGAAAUACAUCAGGCGCAGAUAACGCACAGUCCGACUGUAUUCAAUGUUUUAUUCCAAAAGCCACCAACACAAGCAGCAGCAGCAGCAGCCGAUGGUGACAUAGAGCGGCAACAACAUCUAAAGGUCAAUGACCACGGCGUAGAUCAGAACGCCGUCAAUCAAUCAGUAUUCAAUAUCUCGUCUCGGUCCAUCGACUCCUCUUCCCCCGCCCUCGAUGACGAUAAAGGCGCCGAUGACGACGGCUAUUACAGCUCCCGCGCACUAGUCCUGUCCAGAAUAGAACGAAGCGCCUCGGCCGAUCCAGGAGAAUUCGGUUUUCCUCGGCAUCGCCACCGGCAUCAGCAUUAUCUGACAGGUAACAGUACCCUUACAGCAGCCGGUGCUCACGGGCGGACUAGAGGAGCACCGGUCGGGCGACAUCACCAUCACCAUAUCUAUCAUCACCAUCACCAACAACAGCAACAGCAGCAGUAUCGCAAUGCGACAGCAUUCGGGGCCGAUGUCAUCAGCGGUGGCAGUGGCAGCGGCGGUGAAGAUCAAUCCAAUCUAGAGCGCAACGAACGAUCGGCGAAUCUGUCGCACAUAACCGGGGCAACGCGCAAAAUUCAGCUGUACAUCAAGAACCGAUACCUGCAGCUGCUGGCCGAUGGCACCGUCAACGGGACGCACGACGAUCAGAGCGAUUUCACAAUCCUCCAGCGAACAACGGUGGCCGCCGGUCAAAUCAGGAUCCAGAGCGUUGCGACCUGUUUGUUUCUGUGCAUGGACACCUGCGGAACAGUCUACGGUUCGAAAGACUUCACCGAAGACUGUGUUUUCAACGAGCAGAUCGAGCAGCACCACUACAACACGUACAGCUCGACACAGCACUCGAACGCCCGUCGGACGCUGUACCUGGCGCUAAACAAAACAGGCCAACCGCGCAAAAUACAGAUCCCGGUUAACCGAACGCUAGGCAAGCUGGCCACCUACACCAAAGCCCUCACGCAAACGGUAGCUCAUGAUCGCGUGGAGCGAUUAAUCUCGAGACUAUUCGGGGCGAACCACGUCCGCCACGGACUGAAGCAGCUCUGCGAGUCGGGCAGAGCGUUGCAGGACCUCACGGCCAAGGUGAUGCGACCGCGUCCAGCUUGUGGUGCGGCCCGGCCUGCUGUCGCUAGUCAGCCCGCCACGACCGGCGGGACCAAAGAAGUCAGUCCACCGGUGACGCCCGGUGGCAACAAGGACAAAGAUACUAAGGAUACGCUGAGGAAAAAGAAAAAGAAACGGCGGAAAUGCCGAGAGGAUGAACCGGCCGGAGAGCAUUGCUUCAGGCCGCAGGCUGGUAGCAUAGGUACAAAUAGCGGUAGGAGAAAGCCCCCAGGGCCGACAAAGAGUCAGAGGUGCAGCCCAGAUGACGGCGAUUGUGUUGUUAGUCCCAGUAGUAGUAGUGGUAGUAGUAGCGGUAGCAGCAGUAGUAGUAGUAGUAGUAAUAAUCCAAAUAGUGCAAAUAGUGUAAGUUCUAGCAGUAGUAGUAAUCGCGCGAGCACAACUCCAGCGACCGUACCAAAUGUAGUAGCUUCGGCAGGUGCAGGGCCGAAGAAGAAAGUGGUGAAAAAAGUCAACAACCGAAAUACUCCCAAUGUAAAUAAUAAGAAACCCAAGAAGAAUCCGGUUGGAGGAGGCAGUGGCGGCCCCGCCGCCAACAAGAAAACCAAACAUCUGCAUAAUAUUAGCAGCAGUAGUAGUAUUAGUAGCGGUAGUCCCAGUAGUAGUAGUAGUAUUAGUAGUAGUUCAGUGCCAUCAGCCGUCAGAGGAAGAGGUAAAACAACGAGCACCUCAACAACAAUAACGACAACCGCAAAACCAACAGCAACGACACCGAUUUCAACAACGAAAUUCGCGUACACAACACCCUGGGCAUCUCCGUCACCUGCUAAUUUUAUGGAGGACACUUCCCAGUCGGAUGACGAACUGAUUGAAGCCGAGAUAGAUAUGGACGAUCUGAUGCCAGGAUCGACCGAACUGAUUGAGGAGGAUGAUAUCGACGAAGGGUUCCUUCCACUAGUAAAUCCAACCGCUUCUCCCUGGCACGAGCAGCAGCCCGGGAUCAGUAACUGCGCAACUCCCAGCUCUCCUUCAGUUGCUGGUGCUGCGGCUACCGCUGCUGCUACUACUGUUCCAGUUUUAGCUGGUCACGCUUGCUCUAGCGGCCGAUUCCACGUAACGUACAGCUUACUCAGCCUUUGCGCGUUACUCAUCGCUUCCGGCGCUACCACAGCCAGCGCUACUCAUCUGCUAUAUCUAUGAUCGAUCGCAAGCCUCCCACUCCAUACACAAGCCCCCCUUCCAUCCACCACACAGGGUGUGAUUACGGCGGUAUAUCAUUCGAAAUUUUGAUAGACUGAUUACUUUUAAAAGUCACACUAGUGACUAUGAACAAUCACAAACACACAAAAAAGACAAUUAUUGACCAGUGAAGUAAAGGUUCCCUCUAAUAACAACCAGAUUACUGUAAGCAAUGCAAUCAGCUCAGGUAAAAAUGUUUCGUUUGUUGACAGUGUCGCUCUUAGAAUAUGUACUUAUUGUCGUGUGUUUGUUAAGUGGAAUGUUUGGAUGAGAUGAAUGUUUGGAAUUGGAUGACCCCGAGAGUCAGCGAAAAUAGGAAAAAAAUCUCACACUUUUUGGUUUUCUGAUUCAAACUAAACAGUGCCGCACUGCGGCACAGAGACGGUUUUCGAAAUUAGUAUUUCCAUGACGAUAUUACUAGCGAUUAAGACUAUUUAAUACAAACUACACCGCGUUCUGUGUUGUACAGUAAUUCGUUAGGAAAGAGCCAUAUAUUCUCGUUGUACAUACUAGACCUUAUUUAUCAAUUGAAUGGAAAGUAUUUUAGUUAAUGUAAAAUGAUGCGAAGGUUGUUUAAUUUAUUAUUUAGGUCAGUCCGCUGCAGCUUCUAGGGAUCGAUGCGAGUUCGAUUACGCACAAGAAACAAACAAGAAAUACCAAUACGAACAGAUUCGAAUAGUUUGAAGAACAAUCACAAUGGUAAAUACUCAUCCUGGUGGAAAGGUAGGUUCAAGAUCGAUAAUAUGCGGUAUCAAAUACGUUUCAAAUGGUUAGUCUGCACCAGGUGGAACGGUUUUUUAGCGGAAUUGAAAUUUUGGCAAAAUUUUCGAUUCUCUUCUCACGAGCACUUUAUUUAUAGUACCAAAAAUUCCAUCUUGCUAAAACCUGACUUUAAUUUUUGCUGACCUUGAAAACAGUUUAUAUGACAUAUUUUUCAGUAUAUCCGGUUAAAAUACUUUUAAAUGGCAACCAAAUGUUACUUCGAGUUAACUUUUUUGAAUGCGUCAGAUACAAUUGAUUGCGUACCACCACUCUAGGAGACAUCGGCCAUAUUUAACCGAAGUAAUUGCACAGUCGAAAUUUUUUGUCACUUUCAGCUGUUCCAGCUGAAGUUAUUAUCAUCAUCUGUAUCUGUUUCGUCCGAUGGCUGGAUAUUUUCCAGCUUAAAUUUAUUGGAAUUUAAAGUUUUUGUGGUGAUUAAUGUAACCUUCUAGUAUUACGUCUGUUAGUCUGUGCACGGAGCGACCAUAUCUCCCUUUUUUGACAGUUCAGGGAGCUUGUUUACAAGAAUUUUGAAGCAGAAAAUCAAUUUUUUGUUUAUUCAUACUAAGAUUGUGAACUAUUCCAUUAUGACGAGCAUAAAAAGCCAAUUAAAAACGAACACAUUUUGAGAUUGCAGUAGCUCAAUCCCGAAAUGUAUAAGAAAAUAAAAUCUAGUUUUGAUGGCAUCGAAAAAAAAUUUAAGCCUUCCGAGCUGUCAAAAUCCGAUUGAUGACGUUAUCGUGCGAUGAUGUAUUACAAACAAAACAAAUACUGACAUUUUCGGUGAAUUAUGACAAGGUCAAAUUAUGUUGCUUUUUGUGAACGAGACAUCGCCUCAUGUGAUUCUCUUAAGGGGUUAUAUACCUUUUUGCUCGAGAAAAAAGAGCAAAGUUCAGAGUUUAUUUUAAACAUUUAGCACCUUUUCAUUGCAUAAAAGUAGUAAUUUUCUAAAUGUUUAGUUAUCCAACAACAACAAAGCACGUUUGUUCGUAAGAAAUACCAAUCAUUUGGGGAGUAAUGGCCUUUUUUCUGAAACGCUUACUUAUGCCAGAGGUUUGCGGUGUUCACGAUAGCGACACAGCAGAUCAACUGAAAUCAAUAAACUCAAAUUAUUUCAUUAGUUUAGAAUUGUGCCGGGUAUCUGAACGAUCGAUUUUCUAAGUAUUUUAUUUUCAGUGCAAACGGAAACGUUUUACCCGAGAAAAAAACAUGUUUUAAACGCGGAAAAUUAUAUUAAAAUAUUUUUAUCCGGCAAAUGUCAACUACGUGUAUCAAAAAUAAAUCUUUCAACGACCGAGGAAUUUAAUAACGAACAUUUAAAAAGAAAGAUUAAGAAAAUCGGUUCAGUAGUUUCACCGCAAUCGUGAACACGGCAAAGCCAUUUUUUGAGAAACACCAUUCCGAGAUAAACGCGUAUAAAGUUUCAAGUUUAGCUUAUGGGCCCGUGGCGAGGCGCGCUGCAAAUUGCUCUAACUUUCUCCCUAUUGCUCAGAUCUUUAUGAAAAUUUGUAAAAAUGUUCUCAAGAUGUUGUACUUUAAGAUAAUCCAAAAAUUUUAUUUUGAUUUUUUGAAAACUAAAAAGGUAUAUAACCAAUUAAAUAAACAUAAUACGAGCAAGUUUUUUUUUGCAUUCUUGUGAAUAGAAUUUUAAUCAAACAUAGAACAAAGAUAUGAAAUUUCAACGCGGAAGCAAUUACAACACUCGCUUCUGCAAAAAAAAAAACUGUUAUAAUGAACAAAAAACAUUAACCUUCAAUGGCCGGUUUUGGCCAUAACUAGCUUGUGAUCAAAACGAUGCGCAAUUUUAAAAUCGCUAGCGAACAACCAGAAUAAAAUACAACAAGCGAUUCAGUUAUGAAAUAUUCGCUAUACAAUCGUACUCCUAUUGUAAUACUUUUUUGGUGCUUGCUGGCUUCUCUACUCUUACAAAAAAAAUUGAAUUUGGAUUUUCUUUUUUUGUGAUUUCACGUAUAUUCUUAUCCACUUUUAGUGAGCCUGUGUAUCUUGAAUCCGAAUCCGAUCCGAAAAAUCUCAUGUUCUAACCUGCCGGACUUUUCAUCCCUGAUAGUGCCCACUUUGAUUAGUUCAGAACAGUUUCAGACAACUAAAUUGUCUAUUUAAGAAACUUAUUUUGAAAAAGGUCUGAGAUGAGCAAUUUUUUUUAAAUAAUUUUUAAAUGAAUUUUUUUCAGUGCAAGAUCUCAAGUAUUUUUUUUUCAAUGUUUUCAAAAGAAAUACUUGAUAAUUCUGUGAAAGCCAUCUCUUGACAACUUUUCUCUAACUUUCAUUGUUAUGUUAGUCCAGAAAAAUUAAAAUAAAAAGUAUACCAAGUUAAUUGGGGUAGUAAGGCCUGGAGAUCCUCAAAAUUUCAUUGAAUUCUGAGGGGGAACUGCUAGCCCCUCAAUCAAGUUGACGCGAAAUGCGUCUUGUUAGUUUGAUUUUAUUCUGUACUACCGCAUGUAGCAUAAGGGAUUUACUACUGUCUAAUUUUAUAUAACGAAUUAUUCAUAAAGGUUUUUUCCUUUUUCUCGAGUUUUGUUGGGACAAAACAUUCCAAUUCUGAAAAACGAAAAAACCAAAACAAACAGACGACAUGUUGCCAAAUAUAUUUUUCAAACAGUCCUAUGUCGGAAAAACAGUCGAGAGAAACGUGAUUUUAAGUAUUUUAAUAUGACAAACAUUUCGUAAAAGUAUUAUUACUCCAUCACAAAUGUUUUCACAAAUGCACACACCUAAUAAGGAAAAGAAUGUUUCGUACGCAAAAAAUACAAAAAACAUGUAAAAACACAUAACGAGAGUGUUAUGCCAUUAUUUUGCCCAUCGAUCAACAAAAUUUUCGCACACCAGGUCGAGAGUAUCAGUUUGCUUAUUUUCUGUUAAAGUGUAGUUUCCUCUGGCCAUUUUUUCUAAUGUGUCGAAAAUUCCUGCUUUUGAGUUGCUAAAAAAUUUUAGAAGUGAACACGAUGAUUUCCAUAAGAAUUCCAUCGACUUCGGUAAAGCUGCUGCGGAACAGUUUCCGUCAACUCCUUGGCAAUACCACAGGGUGCUCAAUAAGUUUGAAUACUCUUUGCGAAUGUAUUAAAAAAUGAAAAUAUGGUUUCAUGCUAUUCUUUCCCGAAUCAAUUCUAACUGUAACGACGUUUCUUGAAAAUUUUUACGACAUAUUAGCUGGAAGCACUGCCGUAAUCUUGCAAACUGGCGUAUGCGCCUGCGUGUAAAACUUUCAGUUCGAAGCUCCCAAAAUCGUUUGUAUAGCUUUAGGACGAAUUUCAGCAAUCAGAUCUGUACAUAAAGCAUUGAUAUGGUGACAAAACAUUGCCGAACGUACGAUUUAUGGGAAAAGAUUUACUAGCUAAAGUUAUGUUACCAACGUCAUUUUGUCAUACAGUGAUUUUAUUUUUUUCAAUGUUUCUACAACAGAGAACAGAUAUCCAUCUCUUUUUUAAAAGUAUGUGUUAGAACUAGGAACCGUCAAUUCAACCAAGGUGGUAAUGCUCCCACCAGCGUUGCCAGAUUGAAAGACAUGUCUUCAAAUGGAAGACAUUUACCCUAGAGACUGUGUUAUAAAGAGAUACGCAAAGAGAAAAGCAGGAAAUAUGGCAACCCUUUGCUAAUAUUCUAUUCCAAAUAAUUCUGGCAACCACAUUUAAUUUCGCAUGACUUUUCAUACGCACUAGAAAGUGUAAUGAAAUUCCGAAACUUUGUAAGGAUAUAUAACUGAGUUUCAAAGCUUGUUUAUAUAUUUUUUUAAUUUUCAAUGCAUCACUCAUAAUACGAGCAUAACGAACACAUUUUCCGUUCAAACGAUAAUUGCACGUGGUUCACAACAAUUAUACUAAUUACAAUACACAUUCUGUACGAAAAGUAACACUCCUGAGUUUGUUUACUUUGCACACGUGGAGCCUCGAUUUGACGGUUUACUUGGAGUUUUCGACCUCACUUUUUGCGUAUAUGUUUAUAUUACACCGUCUGUAAUUUAACCUACAAUGAAGACAUUCUUUUCUGUGAAGACAAAGAGAAGACGUUGGAAAAUAUGUGAAGAUUGGAAAAUGUUUGUUAAUGACCCCCAUUUUGCAUUAGUGGCGACCUUUUUUUUUGCUCGACAGUUUUCGAUUUGCCGGUAAUUUUUUCAGCCUUCGGGCCGUUCUCACCUGGUGCUUCGGGCGGGAAGACAUGUAAAAAUAUUUUUUUGCGGACCGUGAAGACUUUUGAAAAAAUGACCUGGCAUCUCAGUGUGACGCCCGCGUCACUGACAAACCAAGCACUGAUAUCGAUAAAAUAUCGAUACGGAAACUGUGAUAUAAAAAUUCAUCGUAGUAUACGACAAGUCGCUCAAACAAUUUUUUUGCAUAAUCAGUCAAAUAGUCAGUAAAUAGAUUCGCGGUCCAGAAUACGUUUCCGGAAAUGGAUUUGAUAGCUGAAUAUAAUAGCACUCGUGGCCUCUACCAUCUUCUACCUGUACUUCUUCCGUAAGAAAAUCACAAGGGCGCUUUAGCCGUCCACGAGCAUGGACCAAGCUUCGGGGCCUUAGAGGGCUGCAGUUUGGUCUAUGUUUUGUAGAUAGUCUUAAAGAUGACCAUGAUGUUUUGUGCCGCAGAGUCCGGAAACUGAAGGAGGCACGAUUUCUUGCCAUAGAACCUCGACGAAUUUCUCUGCUGAUAUCGUUCUCGAUAGUCACAAGCAGGCUUGUCUUUUUUGACUCCUCAGAAAAUCUCUAGAGUGCAGGAGAAUAUCUUUCACUGCGAAAACAACUGCUCUCAUACUAAAGACUAAAUCAUCGCACAUGCUAGAAGAGAACGACGGACCAUGUGUAUCUGGCGAGCUUGCAUAAAGCACCGCGGUGAAAUCUGGAAUCUUUCUCUUGAGAGAUAGUAAACUAUGGUGUACUUUCUCAUACGUAUUGACAUUCCGCACAAUAAUUACACCUCAGAGCUAUCUGUGGUGCUUUUUACAGUUUGUUUGUUAAGCAUGGCAGAAAAGGAAAAGAGAUUGGGAGAGAUAAAUAGCCUGCCUUUUUCGUGCCGGUCGAAUUUACUUAUGUCUAAUUCGAACUCGCCAGUGUGCACUGCGGUGUACUUCUUCGUAUUCGCUUUAGCGUGAUUCACCCCUUUUGUUUCUCACAGAUGUGGAGUAAGUGUGGAAGUGGAAGUGUGUCUGUCUGUUCGUAAGCGUAAGAGACACUUUGGAGUGCAGAAAGAAGCAAUGUGGUGAAAGGAUUGCUACCCGCAGGCACGUACUGAAAGAGAAGUGCGCGGUAAAUUUUUUCUCCGCUCUUUCCACAUACUAAGGAGAAUGACACCGCUAAUCUGAAUCCGUGGUAGGAGGUUCACAUUGUCUUCUCCGGGGUCGAUUGUAGACUUUUGUGCAUCUUUCCGAUUGCAGAAAUAUCAAUAUUGACAUUUUUUGACAAUCUUGGACUCUUUUCCAAAGACCAGGAGUCGCCAUUUUGGAUUUCAAUAUGGCAUGCAUAAUGAAUUUCUGGCCUCUAGGUAGCGCUGUGGUUCCGGGAAUGUUCAUAUUGGGUUAUAUUUAGGCUGACCAGACGUACCGUUUUGAACGGGACAGUACCGUUUUUUCGACUGUUUUCAACCGUCCCGUCUUUUUGCAAUUUUGUACCGUUUUCGGAUACUCCUUGAGAAAAUCAGGAAUAGAGCUUUGCAUUGAAAUUUUCCUAAAUGGAAAAUAAGUUUCCAAGCAGCCAGGAUUUUCUGAUAUUACUGACUACGUGUUGUGCCUUCCUGACAGUACUGCACCACUGGAAGGACUUACCCUAUCAUGAAUUGAUGAAAAAGUCGCGAUUGAAAGUUGAGACCAUGAUAAUUGUUAGUCAAAAUCUCGAUCAUCAUGUGACAAAUUUCAAGAAAUUGGUUUAAAUAUGGUUUUAAUAUGUGCUUCUUUUGUUUCGAACCCCUCCCUUUCAGAGACCACAGACUCAAACCAGUAGAACAACCUUUUUCGGCCCCGAAAGCCCUUACAUACAAAUUUCCACACCAAUUCGCUGAUUCGUCCUUGAGUUAAAUCGUGAUUUGCGGACUCCAACUUAUCUUUAUUAUAUAGAAUAAGGGAGGGUAUUUAGCUGCAUAUACAGGCUAACCGACGCGGAUGAUGUCGACUUGCUGACAUUUGUUGUUUGUUUACCACGCACGAUAAAAGAGUACUGCGACGUUGUAGUAAAGUUGUUUGCGGCACGCAGGUCAGGAGUUCGUGUUUUCUGAUGAGAAUCUCUUUACCUUGCAACAUCUGCAUAAUAUCCAAGAAGAUUAGCUAUGGGCGCCGACGUUGGUCAGCAGCUUCCCGUCCCACACAAACAUCCCGCGGUUCCAAAGCUCCAUCUCUUAAUACUGUAUGACUAGCUCGAGAUGUAUUCCAAAAAAUCUCACGAUUCAUGCACCUGCUCCGUCGGCAUCCCGUCCAAAUCAUGGAAAUAAGCUUUUCAAAUUGGUCAAUUCGCUCUGCUUGGCCAGUAUGUACGACUAUACAUAAAAGUCCAGGGGAUUAAGGUCCUGUGGCAGCUGUGGGAGGCCACGAAGUCUUUUCGUGAUAAUCAGCCAAAUUCUCCCGACACCACACUUGGACGAUAUUCGCCGUGUGAGCCGGUGCGCCAUACUGUUGAAAGACGCAAUGUUCCUUCGCGGGGAGGUCCGGAAGGCCACAACUUUUUCAAGAACCUCGAUCUUAUAGUACGCGGUGUUGUUUUUCACGUUUUUGUCUCGAUUAACAUCAGUGGGAGCUUCCCACGCCUGGAUAUGACCGGCGUGGCGCUCUGGAACACCGGGAUGUUUGUGUGGGAUAGGAGGAUGCUGGCCAACGUUCACACCCAAAGCCGAUCAUUUUGGACAUUGUGUGGACAUUUUGUGGCAUUGACAGAGAUUUUCUCAUCAGGAAACACGAACUUCUGACCUGCGUGCCACGAAAGUAUCAGUUUGACUCCGUCCAGCCUCUUCUCCGUUGUAGCCUGUAGACUUGUAUCCCAGGUCCUUUGCCAUGAUCGUGUAAGCAGCCCGGAUCGAGCAGUUCUUCUUCCGACGAACUCGCUUCCCCGCAACUUGGUGCUGCUGACGUCCUCACCGAACGCGGCCGCCCGGAUCUCGCAAGGUCCUUGGCCAAGUCUGUCUUCCGGACCGACGGAUGGUGGUAGAGAUGAAAUCCCGCUUCACCCCGUGGGAUUUCAACCGACGGAAUAUGUCGCCGAAUCACUCACCAUGAGGCUCAAACUGACACCAAUACCAAUACACAGAAAGCACGUGGUGCGCACAUAAACAACGAUGAAAAGUUGUAUUCGAACUAAUUGAGCACCCUGUAAGUUAAACGCCUUCAUUUUCGCUACAAAAUAUAUUAUGAACAAUUGGUUGUAAAAUACGUUGCACAGUGGUACAGAACGACAAUUUAGGCGGAAAUGGAGUUUUCGAUACAUUUUUGUGAUUUUAGAGCCAUACUUUAUAUGGCGAAGUUGCUUAUUAUAAUUUGGUCUACAUUUAAACUGAGGUGAAAAUAAGGGUGGUCGUAGAACCAACGAAAUAAACCAACUAAAAUUUUUAUUAGUGGAAAAUUAAUAUUUUAUUUUCAGUAAAGUUGUAGAUCACUUGAUUCUAAGCAGCUUUGUUGAAGACUACUUUAUUGUAGCUCUUAAAUUGACUGAAUUAGAGCAAAUUUGCCUAGGGUGGAUCUUAAAAAACGGUUUUUUCGCUCUACUUUGUUCAAUUCAAUUUUCUCAGUAAAAUUAUGUUCAGACGACUUUUAGAGCUUUAAAAGACGCAAGAUUUGGUGGCUAUACUUUAACGAUAUCUUUUAUGGGUGAAAAGCUAUUGAGCUUUUAUUUUUUUAAAUACGCCCUUUUCAACUGUUGAUAUCUCUGAAUGGGGCAGAUGAAAAAAUAUCUUCUGGUUUCAUUUGAAAGAGCAACUUUUGUACUUCAUCAUAAAAAAAAUUGGAGAUAAGUUAUUUCUUAAAAUCGAAUAAAAUAAGUUUGAAUAUGAUGAUUUUCAGUCGAAAAAGUAAGGUUUUCACAGCCUAGUUGUUUUAUUUGAUAAAACUGAUGUACAUAUGCUUCGGUAAAAUUGAAGAUAAGCUAAUUUUCGAAACUUUUUACGUAGAAUUACGUCUCAUUUGAUUUUCAAUGUAAUUUGUAUACGCAUCUUCAAUUAAAAAAAUUUCAAAAUAUUAAAAUUUAUAUACGACACAAUCUUUAAAAUAACUUUCGGCAGUUACAAAACGAUGAAAUUGCUGUUAGCAAUGCAAAAAAAUACUUUUCUCUUCCGUUUAUGCAUAAUUGGCAAAAUUUAAUGUUCGUUAUUUUGAAAAGAAAGUUUUGAUGUUUAAUCAAUUUUCGUGCUUCUAUUGGUAGAUGUGACAAACUUUCGCAUUACACCUAUAGCCUACAGCAGAUGUUUUGAAAUAACCCUUACUUUAGUAAGCUUCACCAACUUCAAACGCUUUUCAAAGCUGUCGCAGACACGGAUUCUAUGGGUAUUCCAUCCCAGAUUUUGUGAGCAAUUAGCUUGUUCCAAGUUGAAGAUCUUGUUAUCAGCAAGCUUUAUUUAAGCGACAUUUUAAGCGACAUUAUGGUGGACCAGACAAAAAAGUCCAUUGGGUUCUUCUAUUUUUCAUUUUUAUCCAGGAAAACCGUCAAAUUGUUCCUACACCAGCUUUGAACCAAGUUCACAGUAUGUGCUGGUUCACCGUCUUGCUGCAAUACAUUGUGGUAAACUCCGAAGAGUUUUAGAAGGCUCAGGGUAACAAUUUUCUCCAAAACUAUCGUUUUAUAAUGAACAGCAUUGACUUUGAUGCCUUUUUCGAUGCCCCCAAAACCAUCACGGAUUCUGCACUCCGAAAUAUUGGGGCCUAUUACAGAAGACGAGGCGAGCGGCAAGCUAUUCGUCCGACCAAUUUUGGUAUUGCAGAUGGCGAGUCGGCUGAAUUAUGGUCAAGUAGCGUCUGUCACUCAGCUGUCCCUAAUACAACAUUUUGCCAAAACAUCAUAUCAAGAAGACCGGCAUUUCUUGAUCGAUUCUAUACCUAAGACAAGACGUAACAGCUGGUCACCGUUACAUUCAACCAAUUUGAACCGGCUGCUGAUUGGCUGAAUUCGAUAACGCAAUCGUCACGUAGAAAAUACAACGAGGUUACUUUUCACUGUAAAACAGUGAUGCUGGAGAGUCAUUAUUUAGCUAAUUUAAUUGUUCAUAAAUCAUGAUGCAAAAGUAUGCAAGGUACAUGAUAUUACCGAGUAAUGUAUUUCACUGUUAUAACUUUAAAAAUGCAUUGAUUAAUCGUUUUAUUUCUAUUUCGGUUUUUACUAUUUCGGUUGAAGUCCAAAAAACUUAGAAAGAAAAAAUUUGGGUACCAAGAAACUUAGGAAGAAAAAAUUUGAUAGUAAAAGUAUGCUUUAUUGAACAUAAAAUAAUAAAUAAGAAUUGAGUAUUAUUCGCCUAUGUAUUGCAAUUUUAAUUUGUUUCAUUUUCAUUGACCUGCAGAAGUUGUUAAAAAUAAUCAUUCUGGCAUCAGCGGUAUGGAACGUUCAAAAAAAUUUCGACGGGGAUGACGGCCGUUACGAAAAGAAAAAUAAGAAGCCAGCUGUCGGGUCUUGUCUUAGUUCCAUACAAAUGACAAGCGUCAAAUCAAACAGCGGCCUCCAUCUAUCAAAAAUGGAAGUUUGCUAUGAAAGUGCUGCGAAGACAGAAUGUGCGUAUGUGGAGGUCUAGCCUGUGCAUUCGGCUUGCAUUCGCAUCGACAGCACUUAAAAGACUUCGCUGCCAAAACUGUCGCUCAACCUCAGGCAGAGUUCCCAGAGUUCUCUUCUUGAUAUGAUGAAUUCGAUUUUGCUCUCCUCGUCAAUGACUGCGGGCGAAGAGAGUUGCUCGCCUCGUCUUCUGUAAUAGGGGCCAUUAAUAUUGGACCGGAUUCCUUUUGAUAAGGUUUUGUUCAACAACUUCACAAAUCAGACUAAAUUUAUUUUGCAAAGCUUAUCUUCAACAAUAUUUUUGUUUUGUUUAGUGUUCAGUCAAGCCUAUAGUUAAUGAAGUUUUGAAGUGUACUAAAACACAUUAACUGACUUUUUGUCAGCACCAGAAUGUGUAGUUGAACAGAAACAAUUUUGUAAAAAGAAAUUAACUUCCUUUUUUGUGCAACUUACUAACAAAUUCCUGUAUUAUUAUAAAAAAUUGAUUGUUCAAAAACUUUACGGAGAAAAUAAUUUAGUUUUUAUGCAUUCAGUGCAUAAUUUGGUUCGUUUGAGUUUCUUCGCUGUAUUGCAACAUCGUUUGUAUGUAAAUUGACUGCUUGUAAUUCAUUACCACAUUCAUUUUGACAAUCGUAUGUCGUUAUCAUUAAUCAUCGUUUCUGCGAUUUUCGAGAGCGUUUCAAUACAAGUGAUGCACAAAGUAACUACUCGUAAAUACCGUUAAUCUGGUGUUAUGCUUUGAACCAAAAAUACCAACAAACAAGCAGUGCCACCAACUUCUUCGAUCUUGGUGAGACUCUAUUGAUAAACAUUGCUUUGAGAACGAUUAAAUCAAUUCAAUUCCAAAAUUCAAUUCAUUACAAUUUUCCGCAAAUUAAAACAAUUCAAGAUGGAAAUCUUUGCACCAGGUGCCCUGACAAACCGUAAGAAAGGCCAUAACUAUCAGCUUCCACUCCAAAAUGCAGCUUAGAAAAAAGGCUUUUAAUCGACAAAAGACGCAAUAUCGUUUAAAAAUGGAAAGACUGAUAAAUGCAGCACACACACUCGUAUGACAAACGUGCAACGCAGACAGACAUGCAAAACGUAAAAUCCAUACCAAGUUAUUAAGGAAAUACUCGAAGCAAUACAAUUUUUUAUCACAACAGCACAGGACUGUCUUAAUAGUAAAUUAUUUGUAUAAAAAAACUUACUAAAAUAAGUGGCUAUAAAAGCAGAAGAUAGAACAGUGAACAAUAAUCAUUCUAUCUCAUAAGAUACCAGCAAUGUAUUAUAUUUUAUAAAUAUAUCAGAAAAAAAUUAGGGAUAGAAUCAGUAGAAGGAGGUAAAAAACUUGUUGGCACUGAUAUAUAGUCGACAUUAACGUAGAAACUGUGCACUGAAAGCAAGUUUGCAUGUGACAUAAAUACGGGCUGCAGAAGGCAGUUUUUAGUAUACUUCUUCAUGAGCUGCGCCACGAAAUUGAAUUUAACUCGAGAAAAAUCAUACAUGGCGCAGUGACAAUAAAUACAUAUUUAUUCUAAGUCAUGUAGGCAACCUUAGAGUCAAAGUCAGUCAGGUAUUUAGCGAAAAUUCACACAAUCUCAAGAUUUUUAUCAAAACUGGUCAAAAACGAAAAACGAACGCAAACGAAAUAAACUGCCUCCAGUGUAUUUUAUCGAUCCAUGCAUUGAAGUGAAAAAAAAACAAAAAAAUCAAAUUCAAUCUAGUCAUUGAUAACUUAUUUAGUUUUUCUUUUCUUAUGAAUAUUAUAUAUUUGCACUGCCGAGACAAACGGUGAAACCGAAUCAUGGAAACCGAACAGAGAACAAGAAGCGAAAUCUCCAACUAAUACUAAAUAAUACUUUUCUGCUGUCUCACUUUCCGACAGAUUUUUAUACUGCAGCUACUGCCGAGGAAAGUGUUUCUACAUAAAUAUCUUACGAAAAAGUACAUUUUUAAUAUUUCGAUUGGGACAAAAUUCAAACUUUACUGUUUAUCAAGAAGGAAAAUUAAUUGAACUACAACCAACAUGAAGAAAUAGUUGACAAAAAAAUUCUCGACAGUAAGCAUCGAAUAGAAAAUAAGAAAAAAGAACAGAUCCGCAAACAAUGCUCUAUUAGUUCAUAACAUGUGCCAUACCUACAGAUAGAAUUAAAUAGAAAUUAGUACAUUAAAAUCGACAAGAGUAGUAGAUUUCAUCCCGUUCUAAUCUCACGUCUGUUCCUAUUAGAAGAACACUUAAACCACUUGUAGUCACGCCUCUCGAACUCACCACACUGUCGUGCCGAACUAGGCAGAAACGAACAACUACCCAGAACCAGCUGCCUGCCAAUCUACUGCUUUUUUUCUUUUCACCUACUGCUGCACAAAUGCCUUAGAAGUCACACACAAAACCACGCGAAUGACGCCGAAUGCUGCUCGAAAGAAGCACUGCAACAGACCUAAUUACGAAUAGAUCACCGAACCCUCCGAAAAGCCAUUAUUUACCAUAAAUGAUUAUAUCAACGAAUGAAAACUCAGCGAAACAAGGCAAGAUAAUAAUUUAAACACUAAUUCCUCGCCGCGCGGACCCAGGAAUCUAUAAUCGCAUUAGUUUCUACAGAUGUGCCGUAACGAAUAAAAUACACAACAAAAAAAAACACAAAUAUCAAAAAUAAUUUAUUAGAUUUUGCUAGGAGCAAAAACAGUCACUUAGCUACCAAGCGCCGAUAAGUGUUGCAGAAUUAUUAGCAUAUGAGUCAGAUGCAUACUGCGAGUCAUGUUAUGGAAAAGAUUGAAAUUCGCUAUGCUGAAAUUUUGCAGAGAGAAAAUAGUAUGGCAUACAAAUUCAAACACAAAAAAAAAUCAAAUGUUUAUACUAGUAAUAUAGGAGAAUGCUGUACUAUGUUACGAUUAAUAGUUAUAUUGAAUUACGCAAUGUAACAUGCAACUAUUCAGAAAAAUAUAUACAUAUAAUGAUGGAAUGC